AGCUUUGGCUCGUAAAGACCAUGGCUCGCACUGCGCGGCGAAGGCUGGGGCUGCCACUGCUGCCCCUGGCAGCGUUUUUGCUCCUCGCCCGCAGCUGCUUCGUUGGCCUUGGGCCAAAACUUGAGCCCCAGCGCCUGAGACCAUCACGCCGGGCGGAGGAGCAGGAGGACACCACACUUACGGACUUCUGGAUCGAGGAUGUUUCUCCGGUGGGCCGUAAGGUCAUAGAGGUUUACCGCCUGCUCCAGUCCGUGAAGACUGAAAGCGAAGUGGCUGAGGUGAUGAAGCAACUCGAUGCCAACCAGAAGAAAAUGCUGAGCAGCAUCCUGACUGCGAGGAAGAAUCCCGAUCGGCCCAUCGAGAGCCCGGAGCCGGAGAAUGGGGACUCCCCGCAGAGGCUCUACCAAAAGCUGCGGAUGCUCAAGGACGACGAUGAAGUCGUCCGCUGGCGAGCGAGAGUGGACGCUCAAAUGCUGCAGCUUGUCAUCGAGAAGGAGCAGAUGAAGCUGGCAGAUGCCGAGAAAGCCAAGGAAGGCGAGUUGGAUGACAACGCGGAGGCCCAGGAGGCUUGGACGCUCUUCCAGGCUCAGUUCCCCAAGGCCGCAGAGCGGGAGGUCUACAUGACCACGCCCUGCAGGGAGGCGGACGUGAAGUAUCGCUUCCGGCGCCUCAAGGAGACCAUGGAGGUCAGUUCCGAGACGGCCCUGCAGAUCUUGUCGAGAGAUUGCACUCCCAUGUUUGUGGAUCCUGACUUCAUCCGGCGAACCUGGUCAGAGAUGGUCAAGGUUACGGGCUAUGAUGAUGCCUUGGAGAGCAUUGUGUUGAAACAUCCAGGGUCCCUGGUGACGCAGCCACAGAACGUCAAGGCCAAGAUCAAUGAGAUCAAAACUGGUGCUGCUGUCAUUGGCGCCUUCUCGGACAUCGGCCGCGGCUUCGCAGGCCUAUUUGCCGGCGGCGCGGCCGCCGCUGCUGGGAAGGUGGCCAGGGACGCCUUUCGACGCCGAAAGCGUCGAGCGCUUCGAUCCCGCACCGCCCUGAGGGCGACCAACCCUGAUCUCACGGAGGAUAUGGAUGAGCCGCCCUUCGAGCUGCGGGGCUUCUCUUUGGCGCAGGCCUUCCUGGUUCUAGGCACGGUGCUCAUCGUGGUCUCCUUCGGGGACUACUUUGUCUUUGGCACUGGCGGAGGUGGUGGCAUUGGCGGGCUCACCUUCAUCUACGCAGUGCCGGUGCUGCUGCUGGGAGCUGCGUUGCUUUACGCCGAGCUGCUGCCAGUGGAGGUCGAGACCGAGCCAGGCGCCGAGGGCCUGUUUGAGGCGAAGGCAACCAAGACCAUCAGAAAGGUGAAAGAUGAUGUCACCCGGCACCGCUACGGUGACGAUGCCCACCUGGACUCCUCUUUGAAGGCUCUUGGCCUGGUGGGAACUGGUGGCAGAUUUCCGAAGCUCUUGAAGAUCAUCGAGGCCAAGGCUCCCAAUGGGGAGCUUGCCUUCAGGAUGCUUUUUGAAUCCAAGGACUUGCCUUUCACCAUUUGGAACGAUCCUAUGAAGAUCGUGGCUUGCGACCGCUUCUUCGGCCCUGGCAUCUGGACAGAGAUCUCCAAGUACGACGCCGGGCAGCGCAUCGCGGAGCUGAAGCUCACCACGGGCGCCAAGCCAGGUGAAUCGUGAGCCGUGACUCGAAAGCUCGAGCUCGGUGCUUGGCACGUAGGGCAUGCCCGUGCCUCCAGUGGCGCCCAGUUUUGUGGCAUGGCCACUGGGGGCUGGGGCUCGAUGGUUAUGACAUUUUCUGACCAAUUUUCGGCACAAGCCAAAAAGCAUGGAGCGAAGGAGGCA